GGUUCUCAUCUAAUUCAGUCAAUUGUAAAACCUGCAUGAUCGACGAAUCAGACAGCUCUCAGCCACGAACCGACAACACUCCCUCGACUGCUACUCGUAGGGUUGAAAUCCUGGGUUCCAGCGAGAAUCCUAUCGUCCUCGGUGAGUCUCCAGUGGAGUCGAGGACCACCACCGAGCACUCACGUGGUCGUGCUGGAGGCACAACGAGGCCAACAUCGCGAAGGAAGUGCCCUCUCGGCGCAUACGUUGAAAUUAUUGACGAGUCGAGGCCCUCUCGUGUAGUUCCUAGUAUUAGCAAUCGAGUUUUGCCGAGUACAAAUGCUGCUACGGUACCACCUAUCAAUCUGAGAGGAGAGCCGGUUGGAAGUACAUCACUAUCUGCACCGGUGACGCAGACUGUGCAAGAUAAUGGAAAUGCCGCUACAUCUGAAAGUGAUCCGCCUCCAACUUCCGCUCAGGUGGAAAGUGGUUUCCUGAAAGUGCCCAAGGACUUUGAAAUCUUAAUGAGAUGCUCUAUCUGCAUGGAAAUCUUUCAUAACCCCGCCAAUGUUGCUCCUUGCAAUCAUAAGUUUUGUUUGUCUUGUUUGUGGACGUGGAAAAGAGCCAACCAAAUGGCCGUAUGUCCCCAGUGUCGUGGUCCAAUCCUGAGCUGGCAGAAAGAUGCGCAGUUCAAUGAAGUUGUUGAAUCUUUCUUAUCUGCAAAUCCUAGCAAGCAGCGAAGUGCUAGCGAACUGGAAGCUCUUGAUGCGAUGCAGGCUGAGUGCUGGUCUGGAGCUGUCCGCGGUCGGGGUUCAUCGCAGCCUCGCAGCCGUGCAUCCAGAGACAGAACAAUUCGUAGUCCAUUCCUUAUCCGCGUUAGUCAAAUUCGAGCCCAUCGCUCGCCGCUGUCGACUCGUCAAAGAGGCAACCGCAGAGGAAUGGAAUGGUCCGAUCUUGGUUGAGCCGUUUUUGCAUUUUUCUGUUCUGUAAAAUAUAAUGUUUGUUUUUGGCGCUAAAUCUAUGUUUAACUUGGCCGAAUCGUAUUGGUAUCUCAUAUUUGAAGCUCUCGUAACGCUGAUAAUGUCGGGUCAAAUAAACUGCCCAAAAAAGUUCCAAGGCUGAUUAUAUACUCAACACAUUGGCCGCUGUCUACGUU